GGUUACGUCUAAUAAGUUACUUGUCAAGAUGGUUUUAUAAGCAGUGAUGUUUUUGUUUGUUCUUGUUAUGUGUUAAUUUUAUUUAAGCAGAUUAUUUGGUAAAUAAUAAUUAAAUUUUGUACAGAACUGGUUGUUUGUGCGAUUCGUAUGGUCAGGAACAUUUUUAAUAUUGAUCAUGAUGAAUGUCAGUGAUGAAAUUAGUUGGUAUCAUCCUAAGGUUACAAGGGAAGAGAGUGAAAAACUUCUAUUGUCAGAUCCCAAAAAAAUCAAUGGCCUCUUCAUAGUAAGAGACAGUGUUUCUUCCCCCAGUGACUAUGUUUUAUCGGUGCUUUGCAAUAAUGAGGUACAUAAUUAUCAAAUACGCAGACACCAGGAGGAUGCAUUUUUCUCCAUCAACGAAUUAGUCAAGUGUCAUGGUUUAGAAAACCUCAUAGACUUUUACAAGAAAAAUACCCUCUCUGAUGAUGGUUUGGUUCUAACUGACCAUAUCAAAGGUACUCAACCUCCACCUGAAACGCGGCGAUAUGGUAGCACUAAUUUACUCCACAGAGCUACAGAUGUAGGACAUUACAGGGUGGUAACUGAGUUACUACAGUCGGGAUACCUUGGAUUUGACGCCAAGAACCAAGAUGGGAAAACGGCUGCUCAUCUUGCAGCUAUAAAUGGACAGAAUACUAUUUUAAGGGAGUUGAUUUUUUACCAAGUGAAUGUGAAUUUUAGGGAUGCCUCCGGCGUAACACCUUUACAUUACGCAUGCAAAUAUAACCGACCAGAUACUGUCAGUUUACUAGUCUCUUUGGGCAAAGCAAAUCUCCAAGCCCGAAACACUGAAAAUGGGGAAGUUCCCUUACAUGUAGCAGCUAAUGAGGGCCAUAUUGAGGUAAUCAAAGUCCUACUCAGUUUAAAUGCGCCAGUAAAUCCCAGAACAAAUAACAACAUUGUUCCUGCUGAACUUGCCAGAAAAAAAGGACACAUUGAAUGUGCCGAAUUCUUGGAAUCCUAUAUAUGUCCUACUCCUAAAACCAGCCGGCAGCGAUUCUAUCAUGGGACAUUAGAUAGGCAUGAAGCUGAAGAGAAAAUUAAAAAAUGUAAUCCUCAAAGUGGCGUCUUCUUAGUCAGAUAUAGUGAGAGGAAUAAUGUUUAUAUUCUCACGCUUUUCCAUGAAAAGGUUUGGAAUUAUAUCAUUAGAGAACAGGGAAAUUUCAUGUUCAUUGACGAUGGCCCGCUACUAAAUUCAUUAGAACAUUUAGUGGAACAUUAUAGUACAUUGCCAGAUGGAUUACCUACAGUAUUGACACAUCCUGUUCCACCACCGCCAAAACCUGAUGCGCCUCCUAUAUCGACUUUAAAGAAAAACAAGCAACGCAAUAUAAGGCCAAAACUCAGAGUACCUCAGACGCCAGACGUCCCGAAAAAUGAUCUUAAUAGUUCAAAUGUUUUCCAAAACAUCGUUUUUACUAGCGAUAUAUGUUUAGCGAAUAACAAUAACAUUCACAGAGAAUCAGGAAAUGAAUUAAUUCCUCCUGAAAGGUUGAAGCGUAGUAUUUUGAUUGGAGAGGGCGAGUUUGCCUCCGUCUUCGAAGGCCUAUUUGUAAAGGAAAAUGGUGAGGAACUUAGGGUGGCCAUAAAAACUCUAAGAAAUGAGCAAAUGGAAAAUAAUAAGGAAAAUUUCCGAAGAGAAGCGGAGGUGAUGACAAAUUUAAACCAUCAUUGCAUAGUAAAGCUUUUAGGAAUUUGCCUGGGGCCGCCUUUGCAGAUGGUUCAAGAAUUAGUUCCUUUAGGGUCGAUUUUACAGUACAUUGACUCUCACCAGAGUGAGAUUAAUCCUAAUUUAGAGUUUAAAAUUUGGGCCGCUCAAAUUGCAUGUGGCAUGAAUUAUCUUGAGGAAAACAGAUUUGUCCACAGAGAUUUAGCAGCAAGGAAUAUACUGCUAUCCUCUAAGCUUCAAGCAAAGAUAAGUGAUUUUGGACUAUCUAGGGCGCUAAAUACAGACCCAUAUUACAGUUCAAUAACAGGAGGAAGGUGGCCCUUGAAAUGGUACGCUCCAGAGUCUUACAAUUAUGGCCAUUUCGAUCAUAAGAGCGAUGUAUGGAGUUUUGGAGUUACAAUUUGGGAAAUGUAUUCCUUCGGUGCUUAUCCAUAUGGAGAUAUCAAGGGCGCAGAGGCAAUUAUACUGAUUGAUAAAGGACAAAGGCUACAAAAGCCGGAGGCUUGUCCUGAAAAUGUUUAUAACGAGAUGUUAAAAUGUUGGGCGUUUGACAAAGAUGAACGUCCCACAUUUAAAGAACUGUUUCAGUUCUUUCAAUCUGACUCGGAAUACAUAAAUCUGGGAGAACUAAUAGCUGAAGCUAACCUACCUUAGAUAUCCGAUGUGCCGUUUUAUAUUUACAUUAUGUUGAUUUAUACAGGGUGAUUUUUAUGCCAAGAUUAUUUAGAUGUAUAGGUACUAAUGAAUCAAUCAUUUAUUAUGAUGACACAAUUAUAUUUUUCCAUUGUAGUAUUUUUAUCUACUAUGUAUAUUUGCUAGACCAGCAGGUCUUUCCAAUGUUUUUUUAAGAGAUUUUAUAAGUUGCAAUUUUCUCACUUAGAGAUUGUUACUUCUGCCAUAUAAUAAAUACUUUAUUUAUA